GUUGGUUCCAGUUACGGCCCAAUCCUAGGUCGCAUUCAGCCAUUGGUUAAGGGAUCUUUGUUGUGUCCACAACACAAAAUAUAUAACACACCAAUUUUACUUAGUCCCCUAGAAAUUCCUUUAAAAAUACCGAGCGAAAAACAAAAAGAGAAACACAAAUUUUCCACAGAAUUGAAAUUUCUCUGGUCAGCCAAGUAACGGGAGUUGAUUGAUAUUGUUUGGAAGACAUGGAUUCUCAGAGACCAGGAGGAGCACCUCGACCUCCUCCUCCUCAAGGCGGCGAUGCUGGAGAUACAUCUUUCAUUCUCACUGUUCUAAUUGCUUUCGUCACAAUUGCUGCUCUGAUAUUGAUUCCAGCAUCAUUGUCAGCAUCAAACAGCACUUUCUCCAUCUUACAUCAGGUCCCCGAAGGUCAUGUUGGGGUAUACUGGAGAGGGGGUGCCCUUCUCAAAACAAUUACGGAUCCAGGUUUUCACUUGAAGAUGCCCUUUAUAACUCAAUAUGAGCCCAUCCAGGUGACCCUUCAGACAGAUCAGGUGAAGGAUAUUCCAUGUGGUACAAAGGGUGGUGUUAUGAUAUACUUUGAAAAGAUCGAGGUAUUUAUAGAACAUCCAUUGUUAUUAAUUUCAAAGAGUCUUGCAUUCUUAAUCGUUUUAGUAUAUGAUGUCUUUGAGCAUUUUAUUUAACAACUUGGCGGUUUUUUUGUUUAGGUGUUAAUUGCUGUUGAGCAACAAGCGGUAGCUGAAAAAGAAACCGAGACGCAGAGAAAGAUCGCUUUAGCGGAUGCCGAGAAGCGUUCGCAGGUUAGCAAGAUUCACAUGGAACAGAUGCUGAGUGAGAAAGCUAGUGCCCAGAGGCAAGAGGAAAUUGAUAAUCAGAUGUACUUGGCCCGUGAGAAAAGCUUGGCAGAUGCCGACUACUAUAAGUAA